UCCGCCCGCAUUCUAGUUCGGGGAGGUGAAUUUUAAUCGAUUGACCCUCCCAAUUACCUUCUACGCUGAAAAGUAAAAGUCUUUUCUUCCGGGUGUUGAAAAUGAGCAAAUCUCCGUCGUCGGAGACGACCAGCGAGACGCUGAGCGUCAGCGACGAGUCGAUCGCUACGUCGGUGGCCAAUUCGGUUUCCAAAGGUGGUGGUCCAUCGAAAAUCGCGGUGAAGAAGGUGUCCAAGGACGAACCUGCCCGGGAGCGACCCCCGUGGCGUCCGGCCAGCGUAGCCCAGGGGCUGGUUCCGCCGGCGCCGAAACCGGACCUGCGGGCACGCAUUCUGGACAUGUCCAAAAGGUUGCGUCGAGUGAAUGCGUUCGUCCAGACCGAUCCGGUGCACACCAAGCUGAUGAAGGAGGCGUCAACGGACGAGCAGCGGGAUCUGAUUCCGAUGGUGGACGAAGGGAUCUCGACCGACGGCAAUCUAGUGAUCCGAGAGAUUGGCAACUUUAUUCUGACACAUUCGGUGGCGCAGAUGACCGAGUCGGUGCCAACGCUGGACACGGCUACCCAAACGGCCAUGCCGCGUAGCGGCGUUUCGUUCCGGAAGUUUUUGGAGAACGGAGGAGGAGACGGACCGACACCGAAGGUGGUUGUCGAUGAAGCUACUCCACUGGAAGAAGAACCUUCCAAGGACUGCGCGAGCAGUUUGGAUGAACUGCUGAAGAUCGACGAGAAGAUCAAGCAGUUCUUCAACAUUCCCGAGCUGGACGUGGAGAUGGCUCCGGAAGAUCAAGAAUCUCACAGCAGUGACAGCAUCAAGGAGCACAACACUCCGGAUCUGCUCGCUGGCUCAUCCCAGGAGCAGCCCUCGCACAAAAGCUCCCGCUUCCUGGAACCGCCCACCUUCAGCUCCUGGCAGAAUCUCGACUUCUCCGACGAAGAGUCCGACCAUUACGUGGCCCGGGAACUUCCCCGUCGGACCUUCAGCGAAGGCAACCGACCGUGGGCGGAAUUCAAGGAUCUUGUCAUCGGGAACCGACUAGCCAACAUGCGCCUAUCGCCGAUACCCCCGCGGAAACCCCGUGCCCCGAACAAAAAGACCGUCACCUGGAGUGACACCCAGCACCGGGCCGUGUCCGACCUGCUGCACGAAGCGACCGCCCUGGUGGACAUGUUCGACCAAGUUUCGAUGCUGCUCGGACCGGACAUCAAACUGCACGCCAUUCCGCCCCCAACCCAGGACGAGUUCCAGCUUCCGCCGCCCAAGUGGGAACCCCUGCUGGUCAAGUCGUGCGACCUGCUCGAGGAGAAGCUGGCCCGCGUACGGCACCUCAACUUUGACGAUCUGGACGACCUGAUGCAGCCGGUUGAGCUGCGUCACAACAACAACAACAACGGCAGGACGCAACCAUUCGUUGACAUUGAGGUGACCUUGUGAAGGAAACAAAAACAAACAGCCUGCUGAUCGUGUUUUAACAUGUUUAUUUUCAGUUGCAAACUUAACAGAAUCUGGUGUGUCAAUGUUAUAUUUAGUUAUUUGAUGUAACGUUGCAGUAAACGCGUAGUUGUGACAU